GUAUUUAUAUCUUAGCCCGGAGUCAAAUCGAUAGAAAAUUUUCUGUUAAAAAGAGCUUGUUUUUCAGCCUAAAGAAGCUGGAGUGUACAAAGUGAAUGUGUUGUCAGGAGGCGAACACAUAUACGCCUCACCUUUCGUUGUUAAUAUCGAGCCAGCUAAUCCACAAUUUCAUCCGUCGGCAGCAAGACUGACUGGGCUCAGACCAGAUAUUGAUUUUAUUCCUGGCAAACCCAUACAAUUUACGGUAGACACAGGAGACACUGGAGUUGUCGAAGAUCCGCUGGUGGAAAUUCUCGACAAAGAUCUUGCGUCAGUAGCAACCACUGUUUCUCAUUCCAAAUACGGUAUCUAUGACUACAGUUUCAUUCCGAGAAGCAGUGGAAAAUACUACGUUAACGCCAAAUUGAAAGGGGUUGCCAUUCCUGGAUCUCCUUACCCGGUAAAUAUUCGGGAUCAAGUCGACAUUUCUAAACUGCACAUUUUUGGACCUGGGAUCAGUGGACCUGUUAAAUGCCAGAAGCAAACUCAAUUCACUAUAGAUGCGAAGCAGGCCGGUACAGGCGCAGUUGAAGUUGCUCUUACGGACGAGAGUGGGAAAUCUGUUGUGAUAGAUGUAUUGGAUAACAAGGAUGGUUCAUUCACAGUGAAGUACACAGCACCUAGGCCGGGAGCAUAUCAGGUUAAUUUUCUCUUUCAGUUAAAUGUGGUGUUCGCUGGUUUCCAAACUCCACCGUUUGAAAUUAACGUUGAACCGCAGUUGGAUACGUCAGGAAUACGAGUUACAGGCCUUGAAAAUGGUAUGUUUUUUUCCGUUUUUUAUUAA